AAUAGUAGGAACAUUUAAUUUGUGUUUCUUAUUUUUUUUUUUAGAGAUUUUUAAGGUUUUGCAUUCUACAUAAUUCUGUACUUUCUUCGAUAUGGAUCGAUCUACAAUUAUUAGUUUUUUGAAACCCUGCCCACACUGUGCACGCACUUUUGAUUCAUAUUCGCUGAAACGCCACGUUGCUAUAUGUUUGAAGGCCUCGAAGAAACGAGAAGUUUUCGACUCGAUCAAACAGCGAUGGAAAAACGACAAAGAAGACUAUAAAUUUACGCGUGUUGAAAAACCGAUGGCACGUCCCAACAAUAAAAAGGAACAGGUGGUGAUGGAGCAAAAGAAGGAUAAGAAGGAAACGAAGGUGGAAAAUAAUGUGGUGACACCAAGGCCUGAAGUUCAGAAUAAGAAGAAGCAAGUGGCCAAUAAGAAGGAGAAGCCUGCUAAUCAGGAUGGAAAUAAACAAGAGGUGAAAAUGAAGAUGAUCGUGGUCCAAUUACAAAUGGUGCCAUCCCAAAAGGAUAAACGCGUGCAAGCUUUGAGCAAGUCCUCGCUGAUGCGCAUGAACAUAGAUCCUGCCGAAAUUAUCCGCUUGGCACGGACAUCGUUGCGAUCUUCGCCUUUAUCGGCGCGAGUUUCGCCGUCAUCAAUGGGAUCGCCGCCAUCGACGGAUCGAUCUUCAACGAUAUUCGUGCGAUCAUCGCCGUCAACAGAGCGAUCUUCGCCGCCCAAGUCGGAGCCGCCGUUGGUCAGUCGCCGCCUUGUUCCAAACUUUUACAACAAAGCGUUACAAACCUGCGUCCAUUGCGGUCGCAGCUUCAAUGAAAAGGCUUACGAUUCACACGUGGCAUGGUGCGGGGAGAAGCACAGCGGUACGAAAUUUGAUACAACUUUUCAAACUACCACGAUCGGCAAUGAAGAGGCCAAGCAGCGCAUGAAUCGCCGCAUAAACUACAAGCCGCCAUUGCCCAAAUCGGCAAGAAAAUAGAAAGCUUGCAACAUUAUUGCAACUUUCGCCAGAAAUGCCAGCAAAAUUCCUAGUUUUAGUCUAAGGACAAAUGCAACUAUUUUAUUUGAUAUUACUUGUUUAAUAAACCAAAAUUUACGAAGCGCUCUCAG